AUGAAGUUAAACCUCGCCAUCGCUGCCUCAAUCCUCGGCUUUGCUGCUGCUGCACCAGCUGAGCGCCAAACUCAAGGCGUCGUAAACAGCUGCUACAAGCCAGACUCAAUGGCUAUCACCUACGACGACGGUCCAUACCAAUGGGACUACAACGUUAACAGCCAAUUCAACGCCGUCGGCGGUAAAACUACUUACUUUGUCAACGGUAACAACUGGAGCUGUAUAUACUCGGAGGAGAACGUGAGCCGUCUCCGUGCCCUUCACGAGAACGGCCACCAAAUCGCUUCUCACACUUGGGGACACGUCCACCUUCCUCAACUCACCAACGAACAAAUCGAUCAGCAAGUUCAACUCGUUGAAGACGCUUUAUGGAAGAUCAUUGGUGUCGUUCCAAAGUUCAUCCGCCCACCAUACGGUGAAGUUGAUGACAGAGUUGUACAGCACCUCCAAGACAGAUGGGGCUUGACUGUUGUCAACUGGUCAGAAGACUCGAGAGACGCUCUCGGUGCAUCUGACCAAGAAAUCUUGGACCUCUACGACGGCUUUGCUUCCGACACAAGUCAAUCACACAUUGUCUUGAACCAUGCCGUUCACGAACCAGCCAGCCACUUGCCACAAGUCUACGUCCCUGAAAUGCAAAACGCUGGUUACUCACUCGACACUGUUGCUCAAUGCCUCUACCAAGAGCCAUACAAGGUUACCGGUGGUUACUCACAAAGAGACGCCUCAUGGACUUGUGAGGGCCUUCCAGCUCCAGGUGAAGCAUAA